CCUCACCCCACCACAUCUCCCACUGCCCCUUUCCGUGGCACCGCCCCACACUUCCCCUCUCCCCCCCCCGGACCACCGCUGCGUGCCCCCACUCGCUCAGGGCUGGGAGGAGAACUGGGUCAGCCAUGUCACCAUGGAGAUGCUGAAGCAGCGCCGGCACAACCCCGCUCUCCAGAAACCCGUGCAGCGUGCCCGGGCUGCCACCCUCCUCCCAUAGAAGGGCUGGGGGCUGCGUGCCGGGCAGGGGGGGGGGCCGUGGGGUGCUGCCCGGUGCAGGUAAGGGACCUUUUCCUAUUUGGGGUGUGUGUGCAGGGUGGGCACGGGACGCGGCACGGAGCUCAUGUCGGGGCCAUCGCACAUCAGUGCAGGGGUGCCACGGCCACGGCGUCGCUCCGAGCCCAUCUGGGCUGCGGGUCGGUGCUUUGGGGCACGGAGUGGAGGGGCUGCAGCUGUCAGAAUCGCAGUGCUUUGCCACGAGGAGGAGAUGAGAUGCAGAGGGUGGGCAAAGGGGUGCGGCGUGCGGACCAGGCUGCGGGAGCGCAGCAAAUCCCUCCUCCCUCCGGGGUGGGAACCCUUUGCGUCUCGCAGUGAAACAAUCCUAUUGCCACAGUGCUGUCAUCAUCUCAUCUGCUCCCAGCAAAGCUCUGUGCCGAGUGGGGAGCACAGCGGUGGGAGCCCUUUGUGCGCCAUGGGUCCUGCAGGGCUGCGGGCAUCGCUGUGCUCAGGGAUGGCCGUGGGGGAAACUGAGGCACGGAGCAGCGUGCAAACAGUUGGGGUGAGCAUCUGGGGUCCCUUCCUCACGCCCAGAGGCUGCUGUGCCCCAAAGCUCCGCCAAAACUGAGCGCCGUGCCGGGGUGCUGCUGUGUGACAUCGGUGCCAUGGGGGUCUGUGUCCCCUCUGUGCUGUGUCUCCUUCGUGAUGCUCCAUCCCCUGCACUGCCCCACUGGCAGCUGCCACUUCUCUGCGUUUGUGGCUGCGUCUCUUGAAAGAGAAAUAUUUUUCCGGGCGCUGCCUCCAUCCAUUAUCCUAAAGUGGCUUCACUUGGCCCGCAGUUCAUCAUUCACCUCUGCCUGGAAGAUGGAUGCUCCCAUCCCGCCGUGCUUUAAAUAUUCAUGGCGAAGGGAAGCAGUGAGGGCUGAAAACCAGUGUGGUGCUGGGCGUGGGGCACGGCCAGCAGGCGGGGAUCGGGGUGGGCACAGCCAUGGCCACGGUGGGGUUUGGGCUGUCAGGCUGGCGGUGGUGCAACAAGGCACACAGCCACCUCGGGGUGCCCUGAAUACCCUGCCCAGCUGGGCACCCGGGGGCAGCACGGUGCCCCUCCCGACCCACCCUGCCGUCCCCGCAGCUGAUCCCACCCCGCAACUCCUCACCAUGUUCAACGGGGACGCCGGCCCGUCGGCGGGCAGGAAUGUGGUGCGCAGCUCCAGCAUCAGCGGGGAGAUGUACGGCGUGGAGAAGAGCGCGCGGGGCAGCGCCGACUCCGUCAGCAUCACCGCCAGCAAGAAGCGGCGCUCCAGCCUGGGAGCCAAGAUGGUGGCCAUCGUGGGGCUGUCCCAGUGGAGCAGGAGCACGCUGCAGCUCAACCAGAGCGAGGGCGGCCCCAAAAAGCUGCGCAGCAACAUCCGCCGGAGCACCGAGACCGGCAUCGCGGUGGAGCUGAGGACCAGGGUCACCCGGCAGGGCAGCCGCGAGUCCACCGACGGCAGCACCAACAGCAACAGCUCCGACGGCACGUUCAUCUUCCCCACCGCACGGCUGGGAGCUGAGAGUCAGUUCAGUGACUUCCUGGACGGGCUGGGCCCGGGGCAGCUGGUGGGACGGCAGACUUUGGCCACCCCCCCGAUGGGUGAUGUCCACGUGGGCAUGGCAGACCGCAGCGGGCAGCUGGAGGUGGAGGUGAUCCAGGCACGGGGCCUCAUCCCGAAGAUGGGCUCCAAAUGCAUCCCAGCCACCUAUGUGAAGGUUUACCUGCUGGAAAACGGCGUCUGCCUGGCCAAGAAGAAGACCAAAGCGGUGAAGAAGACCUGCGACCCCUCCUACCAGCAGGCACUGCUCUUUGAGGAGAGCCCCCAAGGCAAAGUCCUGCAGGUGAUCGUGUGGGGCGACUACGGGCGCAUGGACAGCAAGUGCUUCAUGGGCAUGGCUCAGAUCGUCCUGGAGGAGCUCGACCUCUCCAGCGCCGUGGCGGGCUGGUACAAACUCUUCCCCACCUCCUCUCUGGCCGACUCCAGCAUCGGACCGCUGGCACGCCGCCUCUCCCAGUCCUCUCUGGAGAGCUCCACCAGUCCCUCCUGCCCAUAGCCGGGUGGGGAGAGCCAUCCCGACCCC